UUUUUGCAUACGAAGUAUGUGAAAUAGAUUGCUUGGUCUAAAAGAGAAAAAGAGUGGCAACUGCUUUGCUGAGUUCCCAGACCGUUCCUAAGAUGGAACCAAUAACAUUCACAGCAAGGAAACAUCUGCUUCCUAAUGAGGUCUCGGUGGACUUUGGCCUGCAGCUGGUGGGUUCCCUGCCUGUGCAUUCCCUGACCACCAUGCCCAUGCUGCCCUGGGUUGUGGCGGAGGUUCGAAGACUCAGCAGGCAGUCUUCCAGGAAGGAACCUGUAACCAAGCAAGUCCGGCUUUGUGUUUCACCCUCUGGACUGAGAUGUGAACCCGAGCCAGGGAGAAGUCAACAGUGGGAUCCCCUGAUCUGUUCCAGCAUCUUUGAGUGCAAGCCUCAGCACGUUCACAAACUGAUUCACAACAGUCAUGACCCAAGUUACUUUGCUUGUCUGAUUAAGGAAGACGCCGACCAUCGGCAGAGCAUCUGCUAUGUGUUCAAAGCCGACGAUCAAACAAAAGUGCCUGAGAUCAUCAGCUCCAUCCGGCAGGCGGGGAAGAUCGCCCGGCAGGAGGAGCUGCACUGCCCGUCGGAGUUCGACGACACGUUUUCCAAGAAGUUCGAGGUGCUCUUCUGCGGCCGUGUAACGGUGGCGCACAAGAAGGCCCCGCCAGCCCUGAUCGAUGAGUGCAUCGAGAAGUUCAAUCACGUCAGCGGCAGCCGGGGGUCCGAGAGCCCCCGUCCCGGACCGCCCCACGCCGCGACCACCGGCGGGUGCCAGGAGCCUGGGUGCAGGCCCAUGCGCAAGUCCUUCUCCCAGCCCGGCCUGCGCUCGCUGGCCUUCAGGAAGGAGCUGCAGGAUGCGGGCCUCCGGGCUAGCGGCUUCUUCAGCUCCUUCGAGGAGAGCGACAUUGAGAACCACCUUAUUAGCGGACACAAUAUUGUGCAGCCCACAGAUAUUGAGGAAAAUCGAACUAUGCUCUUCACGAUUGGCCAGUCUGAAGUUUACCUCAUCAGUCCUGACACCAAAAAAAUCGCAUUGGAGAAAAAUUUUAAGGAGAUAUCCUUUUGCUCUCAGGGCAUCAGACACGUGGACCACUUUGGGUUUAUCUGCCGGGAGUCUUCUGGAGGUGGCGGCUUUCAUUUUGUCUGUUACGUGUUUCAGUGCACAAAUGAGGCUCUGGUUGACGAAAUUAUGAUGACCCUGAAACAGGCCUUCACGGUGGCUGCAGUGCAGCAGACGGCCAAGGCACCAGCCCAGCUAUGUGAGGGCUGCCCACUGCAAGGCCUGCACAAGCUCUGUGAGAGGAUAGAGGGAAUGAAUUCUUCCAAAACCAAACUAGAACUGCAAAAGCACCUGACGACAUUAACUAAUCAGGAGCAGGCAACAAUUUUUGAGGAGGUUCAGAAAUUGAGACCAAGAAAUGAGCAGCGAGAGAAUGAAUUGAUUAUUUCUUUCCUGAGAUGUUUAUAUGAAGAGAAACAAAAAGAGCACAUCCAUAUUGGGGAGAUGAAGCAGAUAUCACAGAUUGCAGCAGAGAAUAUUGGAAGUGAAUUACCACCCAGUGCCACUCGAUUUAGGCUAGAUAUGCUGAAAAACAAAGCAAAGAGAUCUUUAACAGAAUCUUUAGAAAGUAUUUUGUCCCGGGGUAAUAAAGCCAGAGGUCUGCAAGAACACUCCACCAGUGUGGAUCUGGAUAGCUCCGUAUCGAGCACAUUAAGUAACACCAGCAAAGAGCCGUCCGUGUGUGAAAAGGAGGCCUUGCCCAUCUCUGAGAGCUCAUUCAAGCUCCUCGGCUCCUCAGAGGACCUGUCCAGUGACUCGGAGAGCCAUCUUCCAGAAGAGCCAGCUCCACUGUCGCCCCAGCAGGCCUUCAGGAGGCGAGCGAACACCCUGAGUCACUUCCCCAUGGAAUGCCAGGAGUCUCCACAACCGGCUCGGGGGUCCCCAGGGGUUUCGCAAAGGAAACUUUUGAGGUAUCACUCAGUGAGCACAGAGACGCCUCAUGAACGAAAUGUGGAUCCUUCACCUGUGGGCCAGUCUAAGUGCUGCCCAGGUCAGUCUUCAGCUCCUGCUCCUCCACCUCGUCUUAACCCCUCUGCCUCCUCGCCAAACUUUUUUAAGUACCUAAAACAUAAUUCCAGUGGAGAACAAAGUGGGAAUGCUGUGCCAAAGAGCAUCUCCUACCGUAAUGCCCUGCGGAAAAAACUUCAUUCUUCUUCCUCUGUGCCAAAUUUUCUAAAAUUUCUGGCUCCUGUAGAUGAAAAUAACACCUCUGACUUUAUGAACACAAAAAGGGACUUUGAAUCCAAAGCAAACCAUCUUGGUGAUUCUGGUGGGACCCCUGUGAAGACCCGGAGGCAUUCUUGGAGGCAGCAGAUAUUCCUCCGAGUAGCCACCCCGCAGAAGGCAUGUGAUUCUCCCAGCAGAUAUGAAGAUUAUUCAGAGCUGGGAGAGCUUCCCCCACGAUCUCCUUUAGAACCAGUUUGUGAAGAUGGACCCUUUGGCCCUGCACCAGAGGAAAAGAAAAGGACAUCUCGUGAGCUCCGAGAGUUGUGGCAAAAGGCUAUUCUUCAACAGAUACUGCUGCUCAGAAUGGAAAAGGAAAAUCAGAAGCUCCAAGCCUCCGAAAAUGAUUUGCUAAACAAGCGCCUGAAGCUCGAUUAUGAAGAAAUUACUCCCUGUCUUAAAGAAGUAACUACAGUGUGGGAAAAGAUGCUUAGCACUCCAGGAAGAUCAAAAAUUAAGUUUGACAUGGAAAAAAUGCACUUGGCUGUUGGGCAAGGUGUGCCACGUCAUCACCGAGGUGAAAUCUGGAAAUUUCUAGCUGAGCAAUUCCACCUUAAACACCAGUUUCCCAGCAAACAGCAGCCAAAGGAUGUGCCAUACAAAGAACUCUUAAAGCAGCUGACUUCUCAGCAGCAUGCAAUUCUUAUCGACCUUGGGCGAACCUUUCCUACACACCCGUACUUCUCUGCCCAGCUUGGAGCAGGACAGCUGUCGCUUUACAACAUUUUGAAGGCCUACUCACUUCUAGACCAGGAAGUAGGAUAUUGCCAAGGUCUCAGCUUUGUCGCAGGCAUUUUGCUUCUUCAUAUGAGUGAAGAAGAGGCGUUUAAAAUGCUCAAGUUUCUGAUGUUUGACAUGGGGCUGCGGAAGCAGUAUCGGCCAGACAUGAUUAUUUUACAGAUCCAGAUGUACCAGCUCUCGAGGCUGCUUCACGAUUACCACAGAGACCUCUACAAUCACCUGGAGGAGCACGAGAUCGGCCCCAGCCUCUAUGCCGCACCCUGGUUCCUCACCGUGUUUGCCUCACAGUUCCCACUGGGAUUCGUAGCCAGAGUCUUUGAUAUGAUUUUUCUUCAGGGAACAGAGGUCAUAUUUAAAGUGGCUUUAAGUCUGUUGGGAAGCCAUAAGCCCUUGAUUCUGCAGCAUGAAAACCUAGAAACCAUAGUUGACUUUAUAAAAAACACGCUACCCAACCUGGGCUUGGUACAGAUGGAAAAGACCAUCAAUCAGGUAUUUGAGAUGGACAUUGCUAAACAGUUACAAGCUUACGAAGUUGAGUACCAUGUGCUUCAAGAAGAACUGAUCGAUUCCUCCCCUCUCAGUGACAACCAAAGAAUGGAUAAAUUAGAGAAAAGCAACAGCAGCUUACGCAAACAGAACCUUGACCUCCUCGAACAGUUGCAGGUGGCAAAUGGUAGGAUCCAAAGCCUUGAGGCCACCAUUGAGAAGCUCCUGAGCAACGAGAGCAAGCUGAAGCAGGCCAUGCUUACCUUAGAGCUGGAGCGGUCGGCACUGCUGCAGAGCGUGGAGGAGCUGCGGCGGCGGAGCGCAGAGCCAAGCCGUCUGGGGUCUGAGCACGCGCAGCCGGAGCCCACGGGUGACUGACAGCUCUGCGAGAGAGAUUGCAACACCAUCCUCCACUGUCCAGGCCUUAACUGAAAGGGACAGAAGAUGCUGGAGGGCGAGAAGGAAGCGUGAAGUGUGCUUCUCAGGGAGGAAACUGGCUUGCCAGCAAGUAGAUUCUUAAAAACUCAAGACUUGCUAUUCAGGGGCGUGUCCCAGUGUUUUUGUUGUUGUUUUAGAUUCUAAAUCGUCCCUUCUGCAGUCCUGAUGACUGUACACAGUAGCUUUAGAUGGUGUGGACACGAAUAAACGCAACUUACGUUUU